ACCUCUAUUCAUUUAUUUUCCAAACCACAAUAUGAUGAAAUCUCCUGUUCAUUUAUUUGCAGUGAGCCUGAUGAAUUUUUUUGUCUCCCUUCAGGUGGAAAACCUGACUCGAAAAGCCCAGCUUCAAGAAGUGGAGUUGGAAAGAACAACUAAACAGUUGAAAGAAGCAAUAGCAAUUGCAAGUGAAGAAACUGCCAAAUGCAAAGCAGCAAAGGAAGUGAUCAAGUCACUUACUGCCCAGUUGAAGGACAUGGCCGAGAGGUUGCCUGUAGGAGUGUCUAGGACUGUCAGAUCACCACCCUCUCUUGCUUCCUUUGGCCCAAUUCCUGGUUUCCAUGACCUUAACAAUGCUCCCUUUGAUCGAUUGAAUAUUCAAGCAACAAGCCCAGAAUCAGACUCAACUGGAUCCAAUAACCAGUUACUUUCAAAUGGAUCAAGCACCAUCAUCAACAGGAGUGCAGGUCACAUAAAACAUAGUCAGUCAGAUGCUACUAGCACAGGUCACAACAAACAUGGUCAAUUAGAUGCAGGUAGUAGAAAUGGAAGCAAAACAAAGGAUAAUGAGACUGAAUGGGUUGAGCAAGAUGAACCUGGUGUAUAUAUUACUCUCACCUCCCUACCAGGAGGUGUAAUAGAUCUUAAAAGAGUUCGCUUCAGUCGGAAACGGUUUAGUGAGAAACAAGCAGAACAAUGGUGGGCCGAGAAUCGUGGAAGAGUGUAUGAGCAGUACAAUGUGCGCACGAUUGACAAAUCGACAAUAGGUGUUGGGAGUGAGGACCUGCCUCAUUCAUGAUAAAGCAAGAAUACGCCAUUAAUUACAUACAUCUGGCUGCGAUCCAAUAUAAAGCAUCAUUAGGAGAAGUAGGGAUUUGAUUGUGGUUUUGAAAUUCCACGUCUUUAACUUUUUUCUUUUCUAAUUUGAUUACACUUUCCAUUUUUUUUCCCGUAUAUGUAGAUUAUCAGGGGGUUGAGGGAGAAAUGUAAAUUCGUAGUAGCUUGUUGGCUCUUGUUUAAAGUAGCUGCGAUGUAAAUUUCAUAAAUUUUUCUCUUACACCGGUUAUACCUUCAGCCGUGGGAUAUAGAUCGCUUUAACUAGUUGAUUUAUAUAGCCUCUGCCAAAUGCUCUCUUUUUCCCACUCCAGUAUUUCCAAGCAUUACGUUAAGACUCUCAUUUGACUACCAAUAUUGUUUGCUAUGUAACCAUUAUUUCCUUAUCAUAACAUCCAAAAUUGGUGAGCUACUUAAGGAAAUAUCUUAUUGGAGCAAC